CGGGACCGGCAAUGGGCGCGGGCUGGUAUGAAACCCUUGAUUUUCUUCUUUGAAUAGCUUCACUGGUAGACAGAGCUUCCAAUCUCGUUUUUAUAUACUUCGAAAUUUAAUAGUUAAAAUGUUAAGCACAUACGUUUUUUCACUGGUCUAUGUAUCCUAGCUUUUGUAUUCAAUCGGUAGAAUAUACUGAAGUAUGAGAACCGCUUCCGGCUUCUCCUAUGCGUUUGCUCAUUUGUUUUUUUUUUUUUUUUUUUUGUUCUGUUUCGACCGUCAGUUGCAGGUUCAGGACGAUUGGUGAACUAGGUUGUCAUAAAACCAGGUAAGGAUCAUUCUAUGGUUGCAAGUUUCUGUUUAUUGACGAGAAGAAGUUACUGUUCAUUCAGAAACUUUCAUGCCGGGAAGCGGUUCUCCAAUCCAGGUGGUGAGGAUAUUAUUUUUAAUGCCAUUUGUGUUCAUUUAAGACGACAGAGAUGGGGAUUCUUAGAGAAGAUAACUUCAAAUUUGACAAAUUCGUUGGUAAGUCGGGUUGUUCUAGAGUUCCAGACCUCUCCACGGUUAGCUUUGGAUUUCUUCAAUUGGGUCAGAGAGAAAAAGAGUUUUUCACACUGUUUGGAAUCUUACUGUACCGUUGUUCAUAUACUGGUCAAUGCAAGGUGGUUCGACGAUGCCUUGUCUCUCAUGAGAUACCUGAUGCUGAAAAAGGGAAUCCAGCCGCUGGAACUUUUAGAAGCCUUGAUUGGUGGUUAUAAAACCUGUACAUCGAGUGUGGCUGUUUUCGAUGCGUUAGUUAGGGCUUGUACCCAACUAGGGUACACCAGGGAUGCUUAUGAGGUAAUCAAUAAGCUAAGGAUGGAUGGUUGCAGGAUCACUAUUCACGCUUGGAACAACUUCUUGGAUCAUCUCCUGAAGUUGAAUGAAGGUGGAGAAUUUUGGAAUAUGUACAGGGAAUUGGUCUCAAGUGGGUAUGUUGAAAAUGUGAAUACCCAUAAUUUGGUUAUCUAUGCUCUUUGUGAUGAAUGUAAACUGAAAGAAGCAAUUUCUGUAUUUUAUCAGAUGUUGAAGAGGGGAAUUUUUCCCAAUGUUGUUACUUUGAACAUGCUGAUAGAUGGGGCUUGCAAGAAGGGAAAUGUCGAACUUGCCAAUGAGAUUAUGAAGAAGAUGGGUGUCAUGUCAGGGGAGGGUAUCAGACCUAACUCAGUCGCUUAUAACUCUCUCAUAAAUGGUUUCUGUAAAGCUGGGAAAGUGGCAAUUGCAGAAGAAGUUCGGGCAGACAUGAUUGAGAUGGGGAUUGAUCCAAAUGUAAGGACCUAUGCAAUUUUGAUUAAUGCAUAUGCAAGUGAAGGGAAUCUAGAAGAGGCUUUCAGAUUGUGUGAUGAAAUGGUGGAGAAAGGUUUGAUGCCUAAUUCUGUUAUUUAUAAUUCUGUCAUUCAUUGGCUUUGCAAGGAGGGGGAUCUUGAAGAAGCUUUUGUGCUAUUUUCUGACAUGAUUGAAAAACAUGUUUCUCCUGAUCAGUUGACUUAUUCUAUUCUAACAGAGGGUCUAUGCAGAAAUGGGUACCUGAGAGAAGCUCUUAAAUAUCACAAGGCGAUUCUUGUAAAUAACAUUCUUGAAGAUACAUUUAUGCAUAACAUUCUUAUUAAUUAUCUAUGCAAAAGCAGGAACAAUGAUGGAGCAAGACAGUUGCUGGGGAAUAUGUUUGUUCUUGGACUGCUUCCUGACCUAGUCACAUAUAGCACUCUGAUUGAUAGUUACUGCAAAGAAGGGAAGAUAGAUAAUGCAAUCCAUAUUUAUGGUAUGAUGGUAAAAGAAGGGCAAAGACCAAAUUUGGUAACAUACAAUUGCAUUGUCAGUGGUUUGUGCAAUGAUGCUCAUGUUGAUAGAGCAAGGCUUUUGGUGGAGGAAAUGAAGAAGAGGAAUAUACCCCUUGAUGUUAUAACUUAUAACACUUUGUUAAAUGGGUAUUGUAGUAGCAGGAAGAGUGAUGAAGCAUAUUCUCUAUAUCUCGAGAUGAAAAGGAUUGGAAUUUCACCAAACACAGUCACUUAUAAUGUGUUGAUCAACUUCUUGUGCAAGCAUGGUUGCUUUCAACAAGCAAAAGAAUUUGUGAAGUUAAUGACUCAGAAGGGUCUAGUUCCUGAUUGUAUUACAUAUACAACUCUUGUUACUGAACUUAAUAAAAAUUGCAGUGCUAAUCAAGUGAUCGAGUUGCACGACUUUAUGGUGCUUACAGGGGUAGUUCCUGAUAGUUUCACAUACAAGACCCUUGUGAGCAAACUUGUUCUGGAAGAAGGUGCAUAUUUUGAAGCUUGAAAGGGAUCUUAAAAGCCUAAUCAGAAAUUCAAUGCAGACACAGCUCAUCAGUCUGGUGAAAAAUGUCAAACAGUUUGCCGGCCUGAUCAUUUGCAUUGGCUUUGGAGUAUGCUGCUUUUGCACAGGGUUUAAAGUUCAAUUUUACUUGGAGGUGGGCCAGGUGGCGUGUUGGAUGGGCCUUGAAGAGAACGACACCAACCUCUUUUUGAGGUAUCUCCCUAGGGACUCAUGAACUAGGACAGGAAAUUUCUAUCACACACAGCACUUGCCCAUGUAUGUAUUGUAAGGCUAGAAUGAAGCUAUUCCAUCUUAUCAUAGUGGCACACAAAAAGGGCGAUUAUUUGACUUAUUGUGUAUAUAGAUUCUCUUAAUAAAUAUAUACCAUGUUAAACAUUAUUAUCAUUC